AUGUGGCGACCUGCAUGUAAGAAGCCAAGACUUUCAAAGAAACAGCAAAAACCAAGGGUUGCCUGGUGCAAUCAACAUAAAAAUUGGCCUAAUUGCAAGUGGCAAAAUGUUAUAUUCUUCGAUGAAAUGAAUGUUGAGGUAGAUGGCUGUGUUAUGCUACGGCGAUCACCUCAAGAUCCACCACCUGGCCCACUGUGCGUUUGGUUUAAGUUAAAUGGUGAAUAUAAUAAAACACGGCAGUAUUCUUAUGUUGACAUUCCACAUGUUCAUGAAAGUUUGAAAAAAGAACAUUGUGGUUGUAAUCGUCCUUUCAAUCUUUACUGUUUUCCAAGUUCUUUAAGAAAUUCUAGAGAAAGAGAAAAGUGGAAAAUUUUAUUAAAAAGGGAAGGAAAAAAUAGGAAAAAAUGGAAUCCAUGUGACAGUGAUCGUGUAUGUUCUAUUCAUUUUGUAGAUGGAAUACCUACCAUUGCAAAUCCACAUCCAACUUUACAUAUGGGAUAUAAUUGUACCGAUAUAAAGACAAGAAGAAGUUUAUAUAAGCGUUUUCCAAAAUCAAACUUUUCAGCUUCGAUAGGUAUUAGCACAGACAAUAAAAUGAACAAUUAUACAACCAAAGAUAGUACCAGUGAGUUAUUCAAUACCAGUGUAAAAUCAGAGUUAUGUAAUACCAGUGAGUUAUAUAAUACUAAUAAUGAUGAUACAAUUUAUUUACCACCACCAAGCUGUGAACAUUCAUAUGCUAGACAUUCAUUGUUAAAUAUGUGCGAAGGAUGUAAUACAAAAACCUCUUUAAUUGAUUCUCUUGUUAAAAAAAUAAACUCCAUGAAUAUAUCCUUGAAGCAACUAAAUCAAAAACAAGUUAAUCAAACUAAUAAAUUAUCACUAAGAUACUGGCGAGGACCCAAACAUGUUCAGAUUUUUGGCAAGUUAAAGCGCAAAUUUCAUUCACCUAAAUAUAGAAAACUUACUCACCGUGAUGAAUUUUUAAUAAAACUAAUGCGACUUUGUCUUGGAAUUUUUAAUGAAGACAUUGCAGAACGAUUUGGAAUUUCUCUUACUACUUCUUCUAACACAUUUACUACAUGGAUUAAACUUUUAGGCAGGUAUCACAAGUGUUGUGUGAUUAUUGAUUGCACUGAAGCUUAUAUUGAACGACCAAAAUCUCUACUUGCACAAGCUUCAACUUGGUCUGAUUAUAAACAACAUAAUACUUUUAAGUUUUUUGUUGGAAUUUCUCCUAAUGGAAUUAUCACUUUUUUAUCUGAUUGUUAUGGUAGAAGAUGUUCUGAUAAUUUUAUAACAAAAGAUAGUGGUUUUUAUGACUUAUUAGACUGUGAUGAUGGAGUCAUGGCAGAUCGUGGAUUUCAAAUAUAA